UGCCAUCUCCGGAAAAAGCUCUUUGUGAAGGAACGCAUCACGCUACGUAGAACCGGUGCUGGCAUAGUUGGUUCCAGUCUUCAUUCACAUACUUAUGGUGAAUGAUCCGGAAAAAGCUCUCCCCUGAAUGGGCGUUAUCCUUCGGCUUCGGUGUGUGUGUGUGCCCCCAGGGGAGUAACGAACCCGGCCAAUGUGGGGUUGGCAUCAAGGUGAUUUGGCUUUUCCUUUCCCGGCCUUCAUUUAGCCGGUUCCGGUGCUUCGCGUGUGUGAACACCCGAGUAAAGUCUUAACGAAACGAGAUCCACGCUGACUACAGAGGACCGAGACGUCAUCCAGCACCAGCGAGCUGAAGAGCAGGCAAACUAGCAGCCAGCAGCGAAUUCGUCACCACAAUCGGUGUAGGAGCAGCGCGCUCUAUAUUUAGAUCCGGGCCUCCCACUUGGCUCUUAUCAUAACAAAAACAACAACAACAACAGUGAAGACAAAAUCCACCUGGGAGUCCGAGACAAAUAAUAGACAGUGUUUGAGUUUGUGUGUUUGGGAUGCUGAUGCGUUGAAAGCUUCCCGCUUUCACGGGAACGACAGAGAAAACGUAACUGAACACGGGACUGAGGCUGGCUGUAAUUACAGCUCACCUCGCUUUUGAAGGUCAAGCCCGUACGAUAUCAAGAUCUGAAUAGACUGACCAGACCAGACCAGAGCCGGCCAGUGUGCCUGGUGCAUUCCAGGCAGCAGUGCCGGGUGGCCUGGUGUAAUCAAUCGAAAGAGAAACAGGAACACAGACACAGACCCGACCGGCCUGAAAAGCUUUGGGAAUGAAAAAUUACUUGUGGUUCCAGAAUUGUGUCCGGUCCGGGAUGAGCUGGGUUUGGUUUGCGGUCGUAGCGAUUGGCUUCUGCGAAGCGAAUAGCGACCAGAAACGAGACUGGUGGCAAGAUACGGUCUUUUAUCAGAUUUAUCCGAGAUCGUUCAUGGACAGUGACGGGGAUGGGAUCGGAGAUUUGCGGGGCAUAACCUGGAAGCUGCAGCACUUGGCCGAUGCGGGUGUUGAAGCCACCUGGCUAUCGCCCAUCUUCCGAUCGCCGAUGGUCGAUUUCGGUUAUGACAUACAGGAUUACACUGAGAUACAGCCGGAGUACGGAACGAUGGCCGAUUUUGAAGCCAUGAUGGGCGAGGCCAACCGGCUAGGGAUUAAGAUUGUGCUGGAUUUUGUUCCCAACCACAGCAGUGACCAGUGUGAGUGGUUCCAGAAAUCUGUGGCCCGGGAUCCGGAAUACGAAAACUACUACGUGUGGCACGAUGGGCGGAAGAAUCCAGCCGGGGGUGAUCCACUGCCCCCGAAUAACUGGCAAUCCGUCUUCUACGGGUCGGCCUGGACGUUCCACCCGCAGCGGGGCCAAUUUUAUCUGCAUCAGUUCACCCGGCAGCAGCCGGAUCUGAACUUUCGCAAUCCGGCCGUGGUAGAGCGCAUGAAGCAGGUUAUGCGGUUUUGGCUAGCCAAGGGAGUCGCCGGGUUCCGGAUCGAUGCCGUCAACCAUCUGUUCGAGGUGGAAGAUUUCCGCGAUGAACCGGAAACGGGCGCGGAGAAGGAUCCGCUUUCCUAUGCAUUCACGUACCAUUAUUAUACCAAAGAUUUAGUGAAUGGAAUGCUACGAUAUGGUAUAUCAAUGGAGAGAUGUCCUGGACCAAUGGCAAGUUGAGAAUGGUGGCCCCACCAGAAUAAUGAUGACCGAAGCUUACGCUAACAUAACAUUUACCAUGAAGUAUUAUGGAUCCGGUGACGGUACUCGACAAGGUUCUCAUAUGCCGUUCAAUUUUCUGCUGAUUACGGAC